AUGGUUGGCGUGGUUGGCGUGGUUAGCGUGGUUAGCAUGGUUGGCGUGGUUGGCGUGGUUAGCGUGGUUGGCAUGGUUGGCGUGGUUGGCGUGGUUGGCAUGGUUGGCGUGGUGGGCGUGGUUGGCAUGGUUGGCGUGGUUGCCGUGGUUGGCAUGGUUGGCAUGGUUGGCGUGGUUGGCGUGGUUAGCGUGGUUGGCGUGGUUGGCGUGGUUGGCAUGGUUGGCGUGGUGGGCGUGGUUGGCGUGGUUGGCAUGGUUGGCAUGGUUGGAGUGGUUAGCGUGGUUGGUGAGGUUGGCGUGGUUGGCAUGGUUAGCGUGGUGGGCGUGGUUGGUGAGGUUGGCGUGGUUGGCAUGGUUAGCGUGGUGGGCGUGGUUGGUGAGGUGGGCGUGGUGGGCGUGGUUGGUGAGGUGGGCGUGGUUGGUGAGGUUGGCGUGGUGGGCGUGGUUGGCAUGGUUAGCGUGGUGGGCGUGGUUGGCGUGGUUGGUGUGGUUAGCGUGGUUAGCAUGGUUGGCGUGGUUGGCGUGGUUAGCGUGGUUAGCAUGGUUGGCGUGGUUGGCGUGGUUAGCGUGGUUGGCAUGGUUGGCGUGGUUGGCGUGGUCAGCGUGGUUGGCGUGGUCAGCGCGUGUUUGGCGUGCGUGGUCAGUGUUGUUAGCGUGGUUGGUGUGGUUAGCGUGGUUAGCAUGGUUGGCGUGGUUGGCGUGGUUAGCGUGGUUAGCAUGGUUGGCGUGGUUAGCGUGGUUGGCAUGGUUGGCGUGGUUGGCAUGGUUGGCGUGGUGGGCGUGGUUGCAUGGUUGGCGUGCUCAGCGUGUUGGGCAUGGUUGGCGUGGUCAGCGUGGUUGGCGUGGUCAGCGUGUUUGGCGUGGUCAGCUCAGCGUGUUGGCAUGGUGGCGUGGUCAGCGUUUGGCGUGGUCAGCGCGUGUUGGCUGGUUGGCGUGGUCAGCGUGUUUGGCGUGGUCAGCUCAGCGUGUUGGGCAUGGUUGGCGUUGGUUGGUGUGGUUGGAGUGGUUGAUGUGGUUAGCGUGGUCAGUGUUGUUAGCGUGGUUGGCGUGGUUAGCGUGGUUAGCAUGGUUGGCGUGGUUGGCGUGGUUAGCGUGGUUAGCAUGGUUGGCGUGGUUGGCGUGGUUAGCGUGGUUGGCAUGGUUGGCAUGUGUGUUUGGCGUGGUGAGCUCAGCGUGUUGGGCAUGGUUGGCGUGGUUGGCGUGGUCAGCGUGGUUGGCGUGGUCAGCGUGGUUGGCGUGGUCAGCGUGUUUGGCGUGGUCAGCUCAGCGUGUUGGGCCUGGUUGGCGCUGGUUGGUGUGGUUGGAGUGGUUGAUGUGGUUAGCGUGGUCAGUGUUGUUAGCGUGGUUGGUGUGGUUAGCGUGGUUAGCAUGGUUGGCGUGGUUGGCGUGGUUAGCGUGGUUAGCAUGGUUGGCGUGGUUGGCGUGGUUAGCGUGGUUAGCAUGGUUGGCGUGGUUGGCGUGGUUAGCGUGGUUGGCGUGGUUGGCGUGCUCAGCGUGUUGGGCAUGGUUGGCGUGGUCAGGGUGUUUGGCGUGGUCAGCUCAGCGUGUUGGGCAUGGUUGGCGUUGGUUGGUGUGGUUGGAGUGGUUGAUGUGGUUAGCGUGGUCAGUGUUGUUAGCGUGGUUGGUGUGGUUAGCGUGGUUAGCAUGGUUGGCGUGGUUGGCGUGGUUAGCGUGGUUAGCAUGGUUGGCGUGGUUGGCGUGGUUAGCGUGGUUGGCAUGGUUGGCGUGGUUGGCGUGGUUGGCAUGGUUGGCGUGGUGGGCGUGGUUGGCAUGGUUGGCGUGGUUGGCGUGGUUGGCAUGGUUGGCAUGGUUGGCGUGGUUGGCGUGGUUAGCGUGGUUGGCGUGGUUGGCGUGGUUGGCAUGGUUGGCGUGGUGGGCGUGGUUGGCGUGGUUGGCAUGGUUGGCAUGGUUGGAGUGGUUAGCGUGGUUGGCGUGGUUGGCGUGGUUGGCAUGGUUGGCGUGGUGGGCGUGGUUGGCGUGGUUGGCAUGGUUGGCAUGGUUGGAGUGGUUAGCGUGGUUGGUGAGGUUGGCGUGGUUGGCAUGGUUAGCGUGGUGGGCGUGGUUGGUGAGGUUGGCGUGGUUGGUGAGAUGACUGCACAGAGGCUGGCACAGAGGCUGGCACAGAGGCUGGCACAGAGGCUGGCACAGAGGCUGGCACAGAGGCUGGCACAGAGGCUGGCACAGAGGCUGGCACAGAGGCUGGCACAGAGGCUGGCACAGGGCGAGACAAACGCAAUUAAGAGAAACGGCGGCUCCGGGACAGGCCGACGAGUGGAUGUUGUGGAGCCCGCGGCACCAGGAGAAAACGAGGAGGAAAGAUGUGACAGCGCCGUGGAAGCCGACGGAGAAACGCACUCAGACAUUACUCUGGACGAGGAGCCGGCGCCGUAA